AUGGACACAGCUUAUUAUUUUUCUCUCCUCUAUUUUGUUACGCUCUUUGUGGCACAAUCUUACCUGCCCAGCUUAGUUGGUGCAGCAACUCUCAGAAACAUUGCCUCUGAUCAACAUGCUCUGCUUGCCUUAAAAGCUCGUAUUUCUCAAUAUGAUCCUCAUAAUGUCUUGACAAACAAUUGGUCAACCAGUAGUAACUCUGUAUGCAACUGGGUAGGUGUGAGGUGUGGCUCCAGACACCAUCGAAUCACAGCCUUAAACCUUUCCUAUAUGGCCCUUGAAGGUACAAUUCCUCCACAAAUGGGGAACCUUUCAUUUCUUGUUAGACUAAACAUCAGAAACAACAGCUUUCAUAGCUCAAUACCCAAAGAAUUGGCUCAUCUUCGCCGAUUGAAAACCUUAAAUUUUAGAUUCAAUGACUUCAGCGGAGAAUUCCCAUCAUGGAUCGGAUUGUUGUCAAAACUUCAACAUUUGGCUCUACAUGGUAAUAGUUUUACGGGUACUAUCCCACCAUCCCUAUCUAACAUAUCUUCAUUGCAGCGUCUUAGUUGUAGUAUUAACCAGCUUUCUGGCUCCAUACCUUCCUCCAUCUUCAACAUGUCUACCUUGCAAGAAAUUUAUCUCGGAGGGAACAAGCUUUCGGGCCCGAUGCCCUCCAUUUUCUUCGACCUCCCCUCACUGCAAAUCAUUGAUCUUGCUGAUAAUGAUCAGCUGUCUGGUGUACUACCAAUGGAUAUUUUUGAUCAUCUUCCCAACUUAAACCGUCUUUCGAUCUUUGGAAAUCAGUUUUCUGGAGAACUCCCAUCCACUUUGUUCAGGUGCACACAGCUACAACUUUUGUCGUUGUCGUUUAAUAAUUUCAGCAGAAGAGUACCCCCAGAGAUAUGGAAUUUAACCAUGCUUGUAUUUCUAGACCUUAGCGACAACAACUUUGAAGGUGCAAUCCCAUCUGCCUUGUUCACCUGCAAACAGCUGCAAUUUUUGUCAUUAUCCUACAACAAUUUCACAGGAAGAGUACCCCAAGAAAUAGGGAACUUAACCAUGCUUGUACGACUAGUUCUUCGCUUCAACAAUAAAUCUUUAUAUCUCGAAAUGUUACUUUUGUCGGAUAAUCCACUAAAUGGCAUCUUUCCCAGUUCUGUUGGAAAUCUCUCUACUUCUCUUCAAUACUUUGGAAUAGGUCAUUGCAUUAUAAAUGGCAACAUUCCGAGAGAAAUCGGCAAUUUAAGCAGCUUGACGACUUUGUUGCUUGAUAACAAUCAAUUUGCCGGACCUUUUCCAACUACAAUGGGGACAUUGCACAAGCUUGAAGCUUUAUACCUUCAAAAUAACAAACUUAAAGGUUCCAUCCCAUCUGAUCUUUGUAAUUUGGAGAGCUUGGUAGAAUUAAAUUUAGCUAGUAAUGAGCUCACCGGAGGCAUUCCUGAAUGCAUGGGAACUCUGAAUUCUUUAAGAAAUCUUUACUUAGCCUUCAACCAGUUAACCUCUAUGGUUCCCUUAAGCUUGUGGAACCUUACGUAUAUCUUGGAGGUCAAUUUGUCAUCAAAUCUUCUAGUUGGCUCUCUCCCGAUAGAGAUGGGGAAUAUGAAGGUCCUAAGAAUAUUAGAUUUAUCAAGAAAUCAGUUAUCAGGUGAUAUCCCAACAACAAUCGGUGCAGUCAAAGAUCUAGUUAAUCUCUCCUUAGCCUACAAUAAAUUAGAAGGAUCAAUUCCUGAGGCAUGUGGAGAAUUGGUAAGCUUGGAGUUCUUGGAUCUUUCCAAUAACAAGUUAUCUGGCGACAUUCCCAAGUCCUUAGAAGCACUUUCAUAUUUGAAAUAUUUAAAUGUUUCUUUCAAUAGACUACAAGGAAAAAUUCCUACAGGAGGACCAUUUGAAAACUUCUCAGCUGCAUCAUUUAUGUCAAAUAAUGCACUUUGUGGUGCUCCACAACUGCAAGUUCCCCCAUGCAAAGAAGAUUCUCCUCUUAAGAAAAAGACUAUUGUGGUGCAUGUGCUAAAGUACGUACUACCAGGAAUUGGGUUAACAAUAUUGCUUGUAGUGGCCCUUGCAACACAAAGGCUCAGCUUGAACAAUUUACUUGGCGAAGAGAGUUUUGGAUCAGUAUAUAAAGGAACACUCUCAAAUGGGUUGAAUGUUGCAAUAAAAGUUUUGAACUUGCAAGUGGAAGGGACAUUCAAGAGUUUUGAUGUAGAGUGUGAGGUACUCCGAAAUACUCGUUGUAAGACCCAGCCCACUGUGUUAAGCAUCCUUGACCUUGAUUCAGUGUCGCUACUCUCAUUUCACGCUCUCAACCACCCAAACUUUUCUGAGCCUCCACCUCUCACUGUGAAACUCAGUCCAGACUGCAUCAGCACGCAACCAGCCAUCAUUCCUCCAAAUCUUAUCAAAAUCAUCAGCAUUUGUAGCAACAUUGAAUUCAAGGCCCUUGUUUUGGAAUACAUGCCUAAUGGAAACUUGGAGAAGUGGUUGUAUUCCCAUAAUCAUUAUUUGAAUGUCUUACAAAGGCUAAAUAUAAUGGUAGAUGUGGCAUCAGCACUAGAAUAUGUCCAUUAUGGUUAUUCAACAAUUAUUGUUCAUUGUGAUUUGAAGCCUAGUAACAUCUUACUAGAUGACGAUUUGGUUGCACAUGUUGCUGAUUUUGGCAUGGCCAAACUCUUAGGCAAUGGAUAUUUUAUGAUGCGAACCAUGACUCUCGUUACUAUCGGUUAUAUGGGACAGAGUAUGGAUCGGAAGGAAUUAUUUUUACCAGAGGAGAUGUGUAUAGUUAUGGCAUUUUACCAUGGAAACUUUUACAAGAAAGAGAUCUACAAAUGUCAUAUUUUUAGAAGAAAUGAGUUUGAAGUGUUGGAUAGAGGAAUCAUUACUAGUACUUUCGGUAAUGACAUUAUUGAUGGCAAUCUGUUGAGCAACGAAAGAGAUGAUGCUUCCAUGGAGGAGCUUAUAUAUUCUAUUAUGAGAUUGGCUUUGGAAUGUUGUGCAGAGUCACCUGAACAAAGAAUUAAUGUUAAAAAUGUUUCAGACAAACUCCACAAGAUAAAAAUGAAGUUUCUUCAAGCUGAUCAUACAGAUCAAGGAAAUUAA